AUGGUUUACAGCCCUAACCUCCUAUCUACUACAAUUCGGUUUUAUAGCAUCUCUCGCCGACCCCUCUCUCUUCAUUUACAAAAAAAUGGCGAUCUCCUAUAUGCACUUGUUUAUAUCGAUGACAUUAUCGUAACUGGUCCUUCACCUGAUUUUGUCUCGGUUUUUAUUUCCAAGUUUGCCAGACGCUUUUCUCUCAAGGACUUGGGGCAACUUUCCUUCUUCUUAGGGGUGGAAGUACAACACAACACUUCUGGUCUCCUUCUCUCCCAAAGAAAGUACAUACACGACCUCCUUCAACGUCAUGACAUGCUUGACUGCAAACCAUCAACUACCCCUAUGCUUGCUCACCCUCAACUGCUACAAAAUACCUCCACACCUCCAUGUGAUCCUACUACUUAUCGUUCUGCUGUUGAAAGCCUCCAAUACUUAUACCUCACACGUCCUGACAUUGCUUACUCUGUCAACAAGUUAGCCUAG